AAAAGUGUCGAGGACUUCAAACAUAGAACAAAGAGAAAAAAAGAACAUACUAAACGAUAUACCUAAACAUCACAGGCAAAUAAUAUUCUGUCAAUCUCAAUAUAGCUAGAGCUACUCUUGAAAGUGAAAACCCCUGCGUUUUACAGAAUUUUAUUCUUCUAGGGUUUAAGACAGUUUACUGAACCCCUGGGAUUUACGCUACUCUGUUAAAAUUCCGAUACAAGGGCACCAUAUUUUGUAGAAAGAAUGGAAGAAUCUUUGAAGCGAAAGAGAGAGGACGACGACGAGGAAGAUGAAGUACUGGCGGGUUUGGGAGCCGCCUGUCCUCCAGCUAACAACAAUAGCGACGGAGGAGUUGUUUUUGUGCUGCUGAAGGCGUCCCUCGAGGUUGGCAAAGUUGGCAAGAUAUACCAGCUGUUGAACUGUGAUGACCAUGUUCAUUUUUUGAAAAAGAACAAACAGAACCCAGCAGAAUAUCGACCUGAUAUUGUUCACCAGGCACUUUUGGCAAUUUUGGAUAGUCCUCUCAAUAAGGCUGGAAGGCUUAGCGCUGUUUAUGUGCAAACUAAGAAGAAUAUCCUUAUCAAAGUAAACCCCCAUGUUCGUCUUCCAAGAACCUUCAAGCGUUUUUGUGGAUUGAUGGUGCAACUGCUACAGAAACUGAGCAUUCGUGCAACUAAUGGUCCAGAUAGACUCCUCCGUGUGAUCAAGAAUCCAGUCACAAAGUAUCUGCCAAGUGAAGCUCGUCGGGUUGGGCUGUCACACAGUGCAUCUAAAGUAGUACAACUUCAUGACUAUGUUGAAGCUGUCCGUGAUAAUGUUCCCCUUGUGUUUGUGGUUGGGGCUAUGUCUCACGGGAAGAUUGAUGCAGACUAUUUAGACGAUUUUAUCUCAAUUUCACAAUAUCCACUCAGUGCUGCAUGUUGCAUAGGCCGCAUUUGCAAUGCAAUUGAACGGAAGUGGAAAAUACUGUGAGGAUGAUUUGCUCUCAGACAAACACUGAUAUUUUCCAAGAUGGCUUAUGAAGAAUGGACUGAUAACUGAUAGUUAACUGAUACUAUGAUAUGUAAUGCAAAAUGAUUAUGCUAAAUUGCUUAUGCUAAAUGAUUAUUCUAGUUG